UCGCACAUAAAAACCUAACUCCAUAUAAUAAUAUGACGGCAAAGUCUCACAUCUAACAGAACAAAAGACCACCAAAGUAAAUGUAGGGGCUUGAAUCUAGAGGAAACAACAAAAAGCUUCAAUGGAAAGGAUGAACAAGCCGAGCAAGCUGGGACGUAGGUUACUAUUGUUUCCUGCACCAUUUCAUGGCCAUCUAUACCCAAUGCUUCAUCUAGCAACUCUCCUACACUCCAAAGGUUUCUCCAUUACCAUUAUCCAAACUCCUUAUAAUCCUAUAAAUCCUACCCAUUUCCCACACUUCAUCUUCCGUUCCUUCUACAACAGCUUGCUUGAGUCAUAUUCUAAGUCCCCUCCACCUGAUUCUUUUGCUGUCUUAUCUGUCAUGAAUAAUAGCUGCUCAGAACCAUUCCGAGAUUGCUUGUCUCAAAUUUUGCACGAGGCGGAAGCUGCUGCUGCUGCGGACAAGGAUCCUAUUGCGGCUCUGAUAGCAGAUCCAAUGUGGAAAUUUGCUGGCUCCGUCGCUACAAGCUUUAGCCUUCCUAGGCUGGUGCUGAGGACAGGUAGCAUGUCAACUCUACUGCUUUAUUGUUCCCUGCCUUCUAUACGAGAAAAGGGCUAUCUCCCUCCACAAGAUAACAGAUUAGACGAACUACUGCCAGAUCUUCCUCCUUUUAAAGUCAGGGACCUUCCUUUAGAGUUUACACAUGACCUACUGGAAGCUCUAGUCCAAGAAACCAAGACUUCACAAGGAAUUAUAUGCAAUACCUUUGAGGAACUAGAAGAUUCUUCAAUAGCUAGAGUACACCAAUUCCUUCCAAUCCCAAUCUUUCCUAUAGGUCCCAUGUACAAACACUCACCAACUUCUGCUGUCAGCAUAUGGGAGCAAGACCAAACUUCCAUUGCUUGGCUUAAUACCCAAGCACCCAAGUCUGUACUGUAUGUGAGUUUUGGGAGUGUUGCAGCAAUGAGCAAAGCUGAAUUUCUUGACCUAGCCUGGGGAUUGCUUGAAAGCAUGGUGCCUUUCCUAUGGGUAGUCCGCCCCGGAUUGAUUCAAGGGUCAGAAGCCAAUGACUCAAUGCCAGAAGGCUACCUUGAAAUGGUGGGUGAAAGAGGAUAUAUUGUCAAGUGGGCACCUCAAAUAGAGGUUUUAUCCCACCCAGCUGUUGGAGGGUUUUGGACUCACAAUGGAUGGAACUCAACUUUGGAGAGUAUUUGUGAAGGAGUACCAAUGCUUUGCCAGCCUAUCUUUGCUGACCAGGAUAUGAAUGCGAGGCUCGUGAGUGAUGGUUGGAGGAUAGGAUUGAAAAUGGAGAAGGCCCUAAAGAGGGAAGACAUAGCAAGGGAAAUACGAAAACUGAUGCUGGAAGAAGAAGGUGCACAGACAAGGAGCAGAAUCACAACUUUGAAGGAGAAAGCUACACUUUGUCUCCAGGAAGGUGGCUCUUCGAACAAAGCUAUAAAGAGUCUUACCAGCUACCUACUAUCGUUUUAAUCAUCUCUCUGUAUCAUCAAAUAUUGGCAUCAAUCAAUCAAAGCUGAGGAAACUUGUUGGAUUAAGAACACUGGAACCUAUUCAUAAAUCCAGAAACCUGAAGCUUAAACAGAGGAAACAAAGUUCCAUAUCAAUCAUACAGUAGAGUCUGAAACUUAUUCAUGAAUUCAGAAAACUGAUGCUGGAAGGUAGUUCUUUGUGUCGCAUUUUUGAAGGAGAAGGCAGUUCUUUGUGUCAAGGAAGAUGGUUCUUCAUAUGUAUCUUUAGAAAGGCUUAACAGCUACCUACUACCAUUUGGAUUCAUCUAUCCACUGUAUCAUUGUUUAUUGACAUCAACCAAAUAUAGGUGUUUGUCUUUUGAUUUUCUUAA